AUGACGCCACAACCGUCAACGACAUUACUUGCUUCUCCACUUCAACAGACCUCAUCAGUUUACCCACUAGGUAACUCGCAGUCAAAAGGAUUAUUCUUUUUUACCUUACCGAUUCGUCUCUUCUUUUACCCAUCUACCCAUCCACAUACCCACCCACACGCCCAUUUAUCCAUCUAUCCACCCAUCUAUCCGUCUAUCCAUCCAUCCAUCGUCCACCCAUCCACCCAUCUAUCCAUCCAUCCACCUACGCAUGCAUGCAUGCAUGCAUCCAUCCAUUCAGCCAUCCAUCCAUCUAUCCGUGCAUUCAUCUACCCAUCCAUGCAUCCACCCAACCAUGCAUCCAUCCAAAAAAUCCAUUCAUUUAUCCACCCAUCCGUCCAUGUAUCCACUCAUCUAUCCAUCAAUUGCAACUCAUCUACCAAUCCACCCAUCCAAACAUCCAUCCGUCCAUCUAUCCAUGCAUGUAUGCAUGCAUACAUGCAUCCAUCCAUCCAUCCAUCCAUCCAUACAUCCACCCGUCCAUCCACCGCUCCAUGCAUCUAUCCAUGCAUCCAUGCACCCAUCCAUGCAUUCAUCCAUGCAUACAUCAAUGAAUACAUCCUCAUCCCUCCAACCACUCCCCCCCCCUGCCCUCCACCUCGCCCUGCAAUCUUCCAUCCAUCCCUGCACCCCUUCCUGCAUUCAUCCAUGCAUACAUCAAUUAAAACAUCCAUGUAUCCCUCUAUACAUCCCUCCCUGCAUUCUUCCCCCCCUCCCCCCCCCCCCCGCCGAACAAAAUAGCUGAGUUCUUCUGUUCUUAAAACAAGAUAGCCAUUAAUCCGUUUAGUAAAUGAAUAUUUUCGCUUGUUCCCCCGAAAGCCCUUUGGAAGGCCCAGUUUAGUCAUAGGAUAUCUGUUAUUUACUAACCUCCUGGCAUGAAAUAUUCUUGAAGUGUUCUGACUAUCGUUAUAGUUCACGGUAACUGGAACAGUUGGUCUUCAUGGCCAAACUGUAACAAGCCAUGCAAUGGGGGAUCCAAGACAAGAAAACGACUGUGUAACAAUCCUGAGCCAGCUAAUGGUGGAAGAGACUGUGAGGGUUCAGCAACAGAGAGCCAAUCUUGCAACCCUAAUCCUUGUCAAGGUCUGUUAAGUUCAAUGCUAUAUUGUUGUCGAAUUAGGAAAAGUAAAUCGCUUAUUAAUUGGACACCCACUUUCCUUUUUAACUGGGUUUUGGAAUCCCUCGAAGAGGACUGGCGGGGGUGGAAUACUUAUAUGGCCAGUUUAAACAUAAAGAUUUGAUUUUAUAAACUGAAUUGGCAAGGAAGAUUUUCUUCCGUAGAGACAUUGAAAAGCUCAAAUUUAAAGCGUUAACCCAACUGCUUCGUCAGAGCUAAUCAGAGUAUAGUUCCUUGUGUUUGAUUUAUAUGCCGGAUGCUGGAGUUAUGUUAUUGGUAGAAACGUAUUAAGGUAAAUAAUAAUGCUGUUUUGAUCAGUUAACCGACAAUGGUUCAAGUUUUGUUCUACAAUUAAGAUUUUUAAAGUGGCUUUCUAUUUUACCUUUGUGACGAGGAAAAGAAAGAUCGCAGAUUCCUAGUCAUUUUGGCUGGAAAGCUGGAAUGUUUUGCGAGAUUGAAGUGUCGAGCUGGUGUGAUUCUAUUUGUUGAUCUAUUUGUAUAGCGCGACGUGUGGUGACAGAGUCGAAAUAGCCAAGUUAAAACACCAUUCGUCUGAAUUCUUGGGAAUGUUUUGGUCAUCUCUACAGAGUCGUCCAAGUCUAAGAAAUUAAAUUCAUGGGAAAUCGAGAUUUUAAGAUCGAGACUUUCAGAUCGUUGAGACUGUCGUGCGAAAUGGAAGGCCAAGAAUUCAGGUAUUUAGAGGGCGAAAUACAGUCAACUCUCGCCUUGCGGACACCCCGCUAUAACUGAAACCCUGACAACAGUUAGCAGAUAAAUCCCCGGCAGAAACAAAUUACAGAUGUUUGACUGAAAUAAACUCUCGCUAUUAUAGACUCUCGCUAAUGGGGACACUAACUCUAGUUCCCUACAGUGUCCGCAAUAAAUGGAGUUGACGGCACCAGGGGAAAGAGUCCUAUGCUAGUGGGAAAGUCUCCUGAAAUUACGUUCAAGCUGGGUCCUUAAGCCUUUGUGUCCAAUGUCUCCUUUAUACUCGGUGGAAUUAAACAAUUACCUUUUUACACUAACAACGAGGUGUUUUAUUUUCAGCUGAUAAUAUAAACUGCAAGAUAAGGUUUCCAACGAAAGCAUGGAAAGAAACAAUGGCCAAUCACAGCAGCAAAAGCUACGUAGAAUGUGCUAAUGAGACUGAAGGAAUGGUAAAUGUUGUAAUCAUAAAAUUGUUUGUUACAGAAGAU